AUGCAUAUCAGAUGCGCGCAGGGGAGCGACAUGAUGUAUGGAGCCGAAGAGCAGAGUAGCAGCAGCAGCAUCAUACAUCAUCCGAGUCACCCUGAGCAUCAACUCUUGUUUCUGAGGAGAAGUUGUUCAUUCAAGUGCGAUGCUUGUGGCACCACAGGCGCCAAAGGGAGUUCCUACGCAUGCACCACACCUUCAUGUCAGUAUUGGAUCCAUCUGAGAUGUGCCUCUUUGCCUCAUAUUAUCCAAAGGGGAGAUCACCAUCACUCCCUCUCCCUCUCUUUUCAUGUGCCGCGUCAAUAUCUCAGAUAUCACUACCGUUGUGAAGUGUGCAGAAAAGAAUUAAUACCAAAAGAUUGGAUAUAUCAUUGUGAGCUUUGCAGCUAUGCUUUCCAUCUCACCUGCACCUUCACCAGAUAUAUCCCCACCACUAGAGAGAAAGGGAUUAUAGUGUUUCCAAUAAAUGAUGUGGCUGUGGGUGAGAACCUAAUUGGAGCUUUUCUAAGGAGACAAGGAGUUGAUACACAUUCACUCAUCCCUUAUCAAGAUGAUGUUGAUUAUGAGUUCCACCAUCACAAACUCAUGCUAGUCUCAUCAUCAUCUUCAUCAUUUCAAGAAGAAGAAGAAGAAAAUGGUGAUGACGACGAUGAUGAGGAAGACUACACUUGUAGAAAAUCGGAGUUAAUAUGUGAUGGGUGCAUUACUCCGAUAUUUCUGAAACAAACAUCUUCUUCUUCAGGUGGUGGUGGUAGUAGUAGUAAAGAUUACUACUACUACAUGAGAUGCAGCAUCAAAUCAUGCAAAUACUAUCUUCACUUGACAUGCUUCCACAUGCCACGUCGGCUCUCCUCUCUUCCUCUGAUCGACAUACAUGAUCACAGCUUUCUCCUUCAAUCUGGUGACAAACUUAAACCAUGGGAGUGGACAUUUUGCAGUGUCUGCUCCAUACCUACUAAUGGUUUGUAUUAUGUGUGUACAAAAUGUUACGACUUCAAAGUAGAUAUAAAGUGCGCUUCAAUGCCGGAAACCAUAUAUCACACAGCUCACCCUAACCAUCCCCUCAACCUUCUCACCCUACAAGAUACUUUGAGACGGCGUUUGGAUUCAUGUGAUGGCUGUGGCCAUCUCAUCUGGCAUGGCUAUAAUAGCUAUGCAUGCGGCAGCUGUGAUUUCAUUGUGCACUUUAAAUGUGCGGGGCUUCCGGCAUCAACCACCAGGCCUACAUGGGACAAGCACCACCCGCUGCUUUUCAUGCAUGACGCCACUCUAAACCGUCCCGGUGAUUUCUAUUGCAAUCAAUGCGAGAAACUAAUGAAUCCCAAGGAUUGGAAGUAUCACUGCCGCAGUUGUGAUAUAUCAUUCCAUCCGGAAUGCUUUAAAACUACAUCCGGCUGGUUCAGAAACAUCAAGUUGGGUCAAAAAUAUGUCAUCACCGGAGCUCACCGCCACACUCUCACCUUCCAACUUCUCACUACAAAACGCCUUUGCGACGUUUGUGGUGGGGAUAGGCAUGAUACUCUUGGAUUUUACUGUGCAUCAUGCAUCUUCUUCAUUUGUUUCUACUCCUGCAUAGUAAAAAUGAUCAAAGAAGGCAACGUUGAGGCCGUCGACUGACAAAACAAGUUCAAUGUUUACCCUUUUCUUCUUGUAUACCACUUGUGUUUUUAAUCUUACCGUAUUUGUUUGUGUGUGUUAUUUUUAAUUUAA